AUGAUAAUAACAGUUUUUCUCAUAUGUGGAAUUUUCAUUAAAAACAGUCAUGAAGCUGCAGUUUUAUCAUCUUGUCCAAAAUUUUUCAACGACACAGUCGAUGUCGAUUUCGAGGAUGGUGAAAUAGAAAACGAAUCCAUCAAUCACGGUUCUCUCGAAAAUAAUUACAUAAGGGUACCUCCUGGAGAAAAAAUUUAUUUUUACCCUACGGAUACUAAAAAUAUAUUUGUGGGCCCUAAAUUAAAAUCACUCGACAUCAUCACCGUUAUCGUUUCAAAUGAUGAUAAAAACAAUUUAAUAGAUGUUAAAUCUUCUACGCCAUCUUAUGCAGAAGAAAAACUAUUGAAUUACACGGUUUUAAAAAGUGGAAUUUUGGUACCGUUGAAAAAAAAUGAUGAUUUAAAUAAUAUUUUAAAUGGUAAAACGUGCAACGAAAAUGUUUAUCGGAGUUUAAAACACAUUUAUUACGUAAAAAGUUUUAAAAAUAUUUUGAUACCUGCUGAUAUUUUACAUGCCAAAACCAAGGAAUUCAAUGAUGAUUCUCAAAAGGAAAUUUAUUACGACGAACCAAAAACUGACGACGUCACAAACAACGCCGAUAUUUUAUGCGAGAAAAAAACGAAAGAAAAUGAAAAUAUCGAAAAAAACAAUUUGAAUUUUUUCGAUUUGGAUUCGGAUGGAGAAAAAUGUGAUUCGACAUUUAACCCGAGAAAAAAAUCAUCCGAUGAUUUUGAUACCAUUCUUCAAAAAUAUGAAAAAGAAUUUUCUACUUUAACAAACAAAAACGACGACGAGGACGAUGACGUCGACAACAACAACGACAACGACAACGACAACGACAUUAUUGAUUCCCCGGACAAAACUUGCAACGGAGAAAUAACACUUUUUCUUUUAAAUAACAAUGGAGUUUUAAAAAGAAUUAAAUCCGAUCCUUAUUUGCCAUCGGGAUUACAUCACACGUUUUAUUUAACUAAUAAAUUUACUUUUCAACCGGAUUUUUCGAAAAAAACCGAAUCUUCUGUCACUUAUUUGACCGGUGAAAAUGGGGAUCUCAUACCUUAUUCUUCGAACCGUCAAAAAAUCACGGCUGAAGUCGGUCAAUCCGUGUCUUUCAUGCUGUCUAAAAAUGGCGGAUUGUUUCCCGUUUUAGAAGAGAAAAAUGAUAAAUACAUAAAUUAUUAUUUCAACGGACGUUUGAUUCAUAAAAGUUGUCAAUUUUCCGAAAUACACUCAAAUUCUACCGCCAUAUUGAUAAACGAUAAAAAAUUUAAAUUGUUCAUGGGUGAAAAUGAUGAGGAUGUCAAAGACAACGAAUCGAAUUCAUUAACGAAAAAAACGCGGGAACAACCGACGAAAACGAAAAAAAAAAAAAAACAUCAUUUGAGAAAAAGAGAAGCUUACUAUAAUAGCGGUUACGAGAAGGCUGUGAGUAAUUAUUCUCCCUCACAGAUGGAAUCUCAAUCCAUGAGGCCAAUAGUCCCUCAAAGUCGCAUACCAGAAUAUCAAGUUGUUCCGACGAGAAAUUCAGCCCUGUAUCCGGUGAGGCAAACCGCUGGAGCAGUUCAAGAAAACUACAUGCACGGCGGCGGCGGCGGCGGCGGCAGUCAAAUCCACGAUGCAAAAUAUUCGGAAUCUGUGGAAAAUUAUCAGAGACCUACCAAAGUGACGCCUGCUUAUUACGAUAAUCCAGUAAAAUCGAAUCCACCUUUGCCCGUUUAUUCUGAUCCUAAUGAAACCGUCGAAAGACACGUCGAAGAAGUAGCCGCCCCGACUGAUUCGACGUCUCCUGCGAUCAGAGAAGAACCUGUUUUAAGAGCAAGAACGGACAUAUUUAUAUUUGACGAAAAAGGUACCAGAAUACGAUUGAUACCCGAAAUAACCGAUAAAAAUGACGUAAUAAUCUACAAGCUGACUUGCAAGGGCAACCUCGUAAGGUAUCCCCCGUGCAAAGAACCGGAAUUUGGUUUUGAAAUUAACUUUCAACUUUUGUUGGACGAAUUCGUGUUGGUGCCCACUGUGACGACCGGCAAAUCCUUUCACAUGACUUACAUUUUGCAAGAAAAUGGAGAUUUGAUUCCUUCCGAAGAAAAUUUAAAUACUUUUAGAAAAGCUCCAGGUUCUCUUAUUUACUACAUGCUGGGUAAAAAUAACAUUUUAUUUCCCGUACAGCAAGUUGUCGAUCCAGAGGGAAACGUGAGUUUCUUUUAUCAGGAUUUCUUUUUGUUAAAAAUGAAGGAUUCCGUUGAGAAACCUCUUCAUUUCAGCACAAAAGGUUCUCCUAUUUUUGCAUUUUUUAACGGUUUGACAAUAAUCUCGAUGAGUUCGAAACCUAGAUUGAGUCCACGAAGCGGAUCCAAUUGGAAACAUCUUAAACCUAAUGAACCUACGGAAUCCCUUCAAAAAUCAAUGUAUUUGACCGGUCCGAAAGGAGAAUUGAUUAAAAUAGUACCUUACAAGAACAGGCACGGUGCGACAGUCAUUUACGAAUUGGAUUGCAACGGUAUAUUGUACAGGAGUCCGAAAGACAAAAAGAAAUGCAUCAUUUUAAAAUCUUACGUUUUGCUCAAAGAGGGAAUACUGUUACCGUCAAACGAAACGAACGGUUACGUGUACAUGAUGUCCAAAAAUGGCGACUUGUUUCCGUAUCUUUAUCCGGAUGGAAAAAUCGAAGCACCUCUUGCAAGCUCUCUAAAAUACGUACUUUGCGAAAAAGGCAUCUUACUACCCAUUAAAUUAGAAAUAAUCGAUAAUUCGAUAUGUUACACUUUCCGAGAUGUGAUAGUGUACAAAGAAAGGGUUUAUUGCAGGAGUUGUUUGGAUAGAUUAGACGAACAAUUAUUGGAUAAUAAAAAAAAAAGUAAAAAAGGAUCCUGCGAUCUACUUUUGAGUGAUAAACAAAAUAUUUCAACAGAUAGAGACAUAAAAUUAUUUGUAAACAAAAAUGGAGAUUUCGUGUUUUACGAAAAACAAAAUAAAUUAUUAAAAAGGUAUCCACCUGAAUUGGUGCCAUCUUAUUUAAAAUACACAAUGGGAUCAUUUGAUGUUAAAUCUGAUGGUUCUCUACAUCAAAUUCAAUAUCAAGAUCCGAAUAGCAACGUGGUUAAUCUCAUGCUAGAACCGAAUGGUGACCUUUUAGAGGAUACAAGAAACGUAAAUACUCUAAGGUCGGACUACUACGUAUUAGAUGCAAAAGGAAAUCUCAUAUCCGUAACUGCAAGAAAAACAAAGAAAAAUUGGUAUUUUUUCAAAGGAUUAACAAAAGUUUGUAAAGUUCCGGCACCGCCAGAAGAAAGACAGGAAACCGAUGCGCCAAACGUCGAACAAAUAACGACUCCACUCGGUAAAGAUCCCCUUAAUCUAAUGGAAGAUCCUUCGCCAUUAAAAGAAAAUCCAAACGGUGAUACUCGAUCCCUAUACAUACCGAUACCCUUGAAAUCCGUGUCCGUAUCAAAUCAACCCGAGGCAUGUUUGGACUGUGGGGAUCCGGAACAUAAAAAAAAAUGUGACAUGUUAAAAGACACAUUAAAGCAAGUAUCGAAAGGAAAUUCUUUACCUCUCGCUUUAGAACUCGAAUUAACAGACGAAAUAAUAGAAGAACUUAAAAAUUGGGCAGCUAAAUGUGAUAAAGUAUUAAGCAGAAGAGAAAUUCAAGAUGAAUUAAGAAACAACGUUAAUCAAUAUUAUCAUCGUUUUUAA